AUGACCACAUAUGAAAAGAUUGUCAAGGGUGCUACUAAAGUGAAGGUAGCAGCCCCUAAACCGAAAUAUAUUGAACCCAUAUUAAUGGCUACAUCGUUGGAUCAUUCCCUUAUUUCUAAAGAGAACUUCAACACUAUAAUGAGAACAUUACAAGCACGAUUACACGACAGUUCAUGGUCGGUUGUUUAUAAAGCCUUGAUUGUGAUUCAUUUGAUGAUCAGAGAAGGGGAUAAAAAUGUGACGUUAGAUUAUUUAAGCAACCAAGCAUCUCCAAAUAUUUUAAAUUUGAACAAUAAUAAUAUCAUCAAAAACAGCAAUAGUUUCAGUUCUGAUAUCAAAUUUAUUACCAGAUAUGCCAAAUAUUUACACACUCGAGUCAAACAGUUUGAAUCAACGGGUGUGGAUUAUGUUAGAGAUGAAAGGUCAAAUAACAAUACCAAUCAACAAGGUGGAAGAUUGAGAUUACUUGAAGUGGACAAAGGUUUGUUAAGAGAAGUUGAAAGCGUCCAGAAACAAAUUGAUUCAUUAUUGAAAAACAAUUUCAUGGAAAAUGAGAUAAAUAAUGAUAUCGUAUUGACUGCAUUCAGAUUAUUGGUCAAUGAUUUGUUGGCUCUUUUCCAAGAAUUGAACGAAGGUGUCAUAAAUAUCUUGGAGCAUUAUUUUGAAAUGUCAAAAGUUGAUGCUGAAAGAUCUUUAAAGAUAUACAAAAAAUUUGUAGAUCAAACUAAAUUUGUCAUUGAUUAUUUGAGAGUGGCCAAGCAUUUGGAGUAUGCUACCAAGUUGCAUGUUCCAACUAUCAAACAUGCACCUACAGCUUUGACGAGUUCCUUAGAGGAGUAUUUAGAUGAUCCGAACUUUGAAAUUAAUCGAAGACAAUAUUUAGCAGAAAAAAGAGGAAAAGAGAAUGUCGGCCUGAAACCAACCCAAUCUAUAUUUAAUAAGAAGAAUAGUAAGAAUGAAUCUACCGAACAACAACAACAACAACAACAACAAUCAGCCGAGAAAAAACACCAAUUACAAAGCACUAGUAGUGAUUUGAAUAGACAUAGUUCAUUGGUUGUACAGCAGACUUAUAAUCCAUGGAAUACUAUGUUUGUUCCGAUUGUUGGAAUUGUGGAUCCCCUGCAACAAGACCAGGCACAACAGCAAGCUUUGCAGCAACAGGCUCAGCAGCAAGUAUUACAACAGCAGGCCCCACAGCAGCAACAGGCAUUGUUUUCGCAAUUGCCAUCCAUUUCUCAAGGUCAAACUUUGCAGUCUACAUUUACUGGUGUUGGAUUUGGAGGAUAUGGCUCACAACCACAACAGUUACAACCGCAGCAUACAAACCCAUUUAUUCAACCUACUUCGCAAUUACAGCAACCACAACAGCCGCAACAACCAAUAGGGUUACAGAGGUCCAACACAAACCCAUUUUCAAGUAUGGCGACAGGUCAACAUCAACUUUCGCAACAACAGUUUGCUCAGCCAUAUGGCCAACUGAAUUUGAACCAGCAACCGCAACCGUUACAAGCACAGUCGACUAACCCAUUUGCUAAUACAAGAUUUGCAUCUGCUAGUCAUACCACAGCAUUUACAAUGGAUAAUGGAUCAAUUCAACAACAACAACAACAGCCUCAAAAAAUACAAGCUAGUGCAACUGGUAAUAAUCCAUUUAAAGUAUCCCAAACUACACUGCAGUUAUUUGAUAAUUAUGCACAUAACCAACAACAGCAUCCACAUCAACAAUUGAAACCACAAGCUACAGCUGGUGGGUUGGAGCAUUUGCCCACCAUUCCAGUUUUCCCGGAGACUCAACAAGAAGCCCAAAAACAGUUUUAUUUUCAAAAUGCACAAACUGGGCUAUACAGCCAAGCAUUUCUGUCACAACAGCAACAACAACAAGUGCAACAAUAUAACAAUCAUGAUGGUCCAAGCUUAAUUUGA